AUGAACUUUUACCCGGUACCUCCGAUCAUACAAGCUGAACUCUACAUUCGAGUUCCAGAUGAGCUUCGUUGCCAUGGCAAAGAAACUGAGUGGCGAGGUGGCUUUGCGCGCCCAUUUCAACACAUCUUCCUUGAGGGCCCAAUCGUCGAUGAUCUUGGCAACCUUUACAUAGUGGACAUUCCCUACGGCCGAAUCCUCAAGAUUGACCCAAAAAAGACUAUAAGUGUUGUUGCAGAAUGGGACGGCGAGCCUAAUGGGCUUGCGGCAACUGACGAUGGUCGACUGGUUAUUGCCGACUACAAGCAGGGAAUACUCUCCUUCGAUCCUUCUGAUCGGAAGAUCAAACCGUUGAUCACCCGGCGUCACUUGGAGCGAUUCAAAGGCCCAAAUGACUUGAUUGUCGAUUCGAAAGGAAGCAUCUACUUCACCGACCAAGGUCAAACCGGCAUGACAGAUCCAACUGGCAAAGUCUAUAGGCUUUUACCUAACGGAAAGCUGGAGACACUUGUAGAAAAUGGAGUAUCCCUAAAUGGACUGGUUCUCUCACCUAAUGAAAGGUUCUUAUUCGUCGCCAUAACGAGAUCUAUCACGUAA